CCAGGCUGUUUAUGCCCAAGGGCUUGGUCACCUUCGAAGGAUUUGUGAGUCAUGGGAGAAGCAGCUCCCGAGGGAAUUUUGGGGGGGCUCAGGCUGGAGGAAAGGAGGCUCAGGGGGAAUUUCGGGCUCUGCACAAGUUCCUGACAGGAGGGGACAGCUGGGGGGGUCGGGCUCUGCUCCAGGAACAGGGACAGGAGGAGAGAAGCUGUGCCAGGGCAGGCUCAGGCUGGAAUCAGGAGGAAUUUCUCCAUGGAAAAGGAUGCUCCACCAGAAAGGCUCCAGCGACCACGACCUGUGCCAGCACCCCUCGGGCUGCGACCACAAGGGCUGGACAUGGCCCGGCCCCUCCGGGCAGUGCCGCGACAGCCCCGGGACGUGCCCGGACCCCGGCAGCCUCAGCCACGACACUGAGGGCUCCUGCCAGAGCCCACCCCGGGGCUGUCCGACCCCUCCGUGCCCUGCCCCGCCGAGCUGCAAGCCCCGGCGGCGGGUGGAGGUGAGCCCGGUGCCCCCCGUGUGCCCCCCGCCCGUGAAGAUCCACCGGCGGCCUCUGGAGCAGCACCGCCCGCGCCCGCCGUGCCCGGAGCCCGAGCCCUGCGGGAAGCCCCGGCGCAGAGUGGAGCAGCGCCCCGAGCACGACGAGGAGCCCCCGGUGGUUCUGCAACCCCUACCGCUGCAGCAUCGCUGCCCCCGGCCCGUGCCCUGCUGCCCCCGGCCCGUGCCCUGCUGCCCCCGGCCCGUGCCCUGCUGCCCCCGGCCCGCCCGGCGCUGCCGCCCCGCUGCCCCCCUGCCCCCGCAGCAGCACAAGCAGGUCACCCUGGUGCCUCUCUGCGUGAAGAGCUGAGCCCGGGGACCCCUCCCCACCUCGGGGAGGGGCUGGGGGUGUUCCCCCUCCCCACCCCCGGCCCAAAGGAUGCUCCCAGCUCCGCCCCGGGCUCGCUGCUGCUUUUUGCACAUUCAGGUUUGGGGGUUCCCAGCACCGACACUUUAAAUUCCCGGCUCUCCUCUGGCUCUCCCUGGGGGGCUGCAGGUCCCCCCUCUGAGCGUGUUCCCCCCUCCGAGGGGCACCCGGGGGCGGAGGGGCGGCGGCGGAUUCUCCUUCUCCCGGAUUUGCCUUCUCAAAGAUUGUUUGGAAUCAGCUCCAGGACUUUACGGGGGGUGGAAAAGGAACCACGGACUCCCGCAGCUUCAUCUCCUCCCAGUGUAUUCAAGAAUAAAGUUGAAAGAUAUUUAGCAAACCCUCGGUUCCUCUUUUUCUUGCCCGCAUCACCGACAUUACAAAGAGAAGGUGUCGAAAGCUGUUAAAGCUCUGACGAGGAAAGUCGCACAUUUAAACCAGAAUCAGGUUUCAGCCCUGCCUGCCGUGAUUUCUCCGGGCGGGGAGGUGGAAAAUCCUCCCCAGAGAGGUUUAACCCACCCCGGGACCUCGGCGUGGGCAGAUCCGGGCACCAACAUCGGCCCCGUGGCCGUGCCAGCCCCUUCACGGCCUGGAUGGGAGCAGGGCGCGGGGAGGGCAUCCUCAUUUAAAUGU